AUGGAAGGAAUUGUAGUUGGGAUGGUGGGUAUAGAGGGCAUGCUUGGGAACGGAGGCAAAGUGACAUUUGGGAGUGUAGGCAUGUUGGGCAGGCUUGGAAGUGGAGGCAUUGUAGGCUUAGGCAGAGAAGGUUGGAUAGUUGGCAAAGUUGGUAAUGUAGGCUGUGGAAGAGUUGGAAUACUUGGCAAUAGUGGCAUUGUUGGCUUUGGCAAAUUUGGCACGGAAGGCAAAGGUGGCAUUUGCAGUAGAUUGCGAGCAGCUAAUCCGACAUCCAUGCUUGAAAAUGACAAUACAACAAAGAAAGCAGUAAGGUUGAAGGAGUUGAAAGAGGCCAUAAUGAUUUAG